GGGAAGUACUAUAAAAGAGUCAAAAUAAGUGUCCUUCCCAAUUGUGAAAGAAUUAAGAUCAUGUGUUUAUAUAGGAAUCUGAUGACGUGACAUCUGCAAAAUCCAGUAUUGAUGAAAGCCUGUAAAAGCAUUUAACACGAGCCCACACAUAUGCAUAUUGUAAAGAGCUGCAUAUUUUCUCUGGAUGUAAAAGUCAAAAACGGAAGAACUCGAGAGCCGGUUCUUCGUGUGUAUGUUGUAUCUGUGUUUUGGUUGCAAAUCACGUUCAGUACACUCGGUUCUUGAAGGGGUAUUUUUAUUCUUAUCGGGUUUCUACCGAGGAUUGUUUUGAGCCGAGCCACGUGUUCGUAGAAAAGGGGACAAACUCUUGAAAGCUAAAUUUGGAUCAACGUCUUGUUUUUUUACCACAGUAUCAUUUCGGGCAGAUUAUCUCACAUGCUGUCCGUCUAGUGCCAUCCGCCAACUAGCCGGUUGAUUUUAGUACUUGUUGUUUCAUCCUAUGCAUGCGACAUAAGCUAGGCGCUUAACAAGUGUAGUCAGCGUAUUCAUACAGUUGAAAUUGGGUGAAAGUGAAAGUGCUGCUGCUUUCUCCUCAGGAAAAAUGACUGCGUAAAUGACUAAAGAUUCCUGUGGAGAGAAAGUGAAAGAAAGCAAUAGGAAUGGCUCCACAAACACGAUCCAAAGCCAAACAAACAACGACCGGAGGUGAAGAAAAUGCACGGAAGAAAGAUGAUGAGAGGACACCUAGCAUUUUUAUGGCUUUGUUCAAUUUCUACAAAAAAUAUAUAAAUGUGGCCUUUGGGAAGAAAGUCCUCACAGAUCCAGAAUACACAUGGCUAAUUGCUCUUAUUCUAUUGUGUUGUGAAGUUGUGAUCAAUGGAUUCAUUGUCCUAUGGAGGCCAUACACUGAAAUUGAUUGGAAAGCAUACAUGCAGGAAGUGGAAGGUUUUCUUAAUGGAACGCUGGACUACCAGUAUUUAAAGGGAGACACUGGACCUUUGGUGUAUCCUGCUGGAUUCGUCUACAUAUUUUCACUCUUUUAUUUUGUAACAAAUAAUGGAAAUGACAUUGUAACUGCUCAAUGGAUUUUUGUGGGGCUGUAUCUGAUUCUAGUCUACCAAGUCUUCAAAAUUUAUAGCAAAUCACGAAAAGUGCCCCCUUACACUCUUCUUUUCUUAACUUUCACAUCGUAUAGGAUUCAUUCAGUUUUUGUCCUGAGGUUAUUUAAUGAUCCAAUCGCCAUGAUGCUGUGUUAUUUUGCUAUAAAUCAGUUUUUAGAAGGGCGAUGGACAUUGGGCAGCUUAGCUUUCAGUUUGGCAGUUUCGGUUAAAAUGAAUGUUCUGUUAUACGCACCAGCUUUGCUGACAAUUUACCUUACGCAGCUAAGUUUAUUUGAUACCAUCGUACAACUUGCCGUGUGCGGUAGCCUACAGGUCGUGUUGGCUCUUCCAUUUUUACUCGUCAAUCCAUGGUCUUAUAUUUCUCGAUCUUUUGAUCUUGGACGGGUUUUCUUGUUUGAGUGGACUGUUAAUUGGAAAUUCCUCCCGGAAGACAUAUUUUUGAACAGGAUAUUCCACAUUGGGCUUUUAUCAGCGCAUAUUCUUGCCUUAGUCGCCUUCGUUCCUGUAUGGAUGCGCUAUUUACAAUCCUACUCCAAAUUUAACGACGCUUCAAAAUCCAAAGCAGGAAAAUAUCCUAUGCAAAUCCGAUCUCAGCUUGUGCUCUUUCCUCUGUUUGUUUCCAAUUUCAUUGGAAUCUGCUUCAGUCGAUCACUGCAUUACCAAUUUUAUGUAUGGUACUACCACACAAUUCCGUAUCUGCUCUGGUCAACUCGUCUGCCGGUUAAAGUCAAGCUGGCUAUUUUCGGAAUAAUUGAGAUGUCUUGGAAUGUGUUUCCGGCUACACCCUGGUCAAGUUUGAGUUUAACCGUGUGCCAUUCCGUUAUAUUGGUGUCAAUCUGGCUCUACAGCAGACCAUUAAAGGACUGGAGCACAUUGGAAUGGAAACAAAUGAAGACCAAUUAAAUAUAUUUGCAUUAUUGCAUAAUAACUAAAGUUUUGUGACACUACAGUUAAGCAACCAGUCUUAAAUCUGUAAAGGUUAUAUACUGGUUAUAGAAUUAGGAAUUCCGAUUGGAUGAAAUGAAUGCGUACCAAAAAUGAAUAUCUUGCAUUUACAAAUUAUGGAUUUAUGAAUCUUGCUCAAUAUUAAACUUUCACACUGUAUGUUAAAUAUUUUGUUAUUAUGAAUAUUGACGAUUUAGCAAAUAGUAAACAAUAAAAUUGAGAAUUUAUAAA